UAGUGCGCGUAUGUAUGUGCCUUUCCGCGACACUCUGUAUAUCGCUAUAUGCUCGUAGGUACCUACAGGCAUUUUACAGGCCGUACGCAGUAACGAGUUGCUGCUCUCUACAGUCUUGCGAUCGUCGAUCGACCGUGCCGUAACAGUUGCCAGAAAGAGGAAGCGAGACGGCCAUAUAGGUUGUGCGCCAGAAAACUUCGGAGUAGCUGACAUAGUCAAUACAGAUAGUCGGUUGAGUUUUUGGGAAAUUUGUAGAUAGUUCAAUAAAUUGUUUGCAAUACUACUUGCAGAACCCAAGACAAAAAAAAAUUAUUUCAGCAAACGCAAUGUCAGUAUUGAAUCAAUGUGGGGACGAUGUUGUGGAGUGUCCACUUUGUAUGGAACCUUUUGAAGUGGAUGAUUUGAAUUUUUUCCCAUGCACUUGUGGCUAUCAAAUAUGUCGCUUCUGUUGGCAUAGAAUUCGAACUGAUGAAAAUGGUUUAUGUCCUGCAUGCCGCAAGGCCUAUUCUGAAAAUCCUGCAGACUUCAAACCGUUGUCUAAGGAAGAAAUAGCCAAAUUAAAGGCAGAUAAACGGGCAAAAGAUCAACAACGAAAACAGCGUGUUACUGAAAACCGUAAACAUCUGGCAAAUGUUAGAGUAGUGCAGAAAAAUUUGGUUUUUGUUGUUGGUUUACCUGUGCGUCUAGCUGAAGCAGAUAUUCUGAAAAAGCAUGAGUUUUUUGGGAAAUACGGUAAAAUUCACAAAGUUGUGAUAAAUCAAAGCACAUCCUAUGCUGGUUCGCAGGGCCCUAGUGCAUCUGCUUAUGUCACUUAUCAAAGACACGAAGAUGCAUUGAGAGCUAUAGAGGCUAUAAACAACAUAGUUGUGGAUGGUCGACCUGUGAAAACUUCAUUAGGUACUACAAAGUAUUGUUCACACUUUAUGAGGAACCAGAGUUGUCCAAAGCCUGACUGCAUGUAUUUGCAUGAACUAGGAGAUCAAGAAGCAUCCUUCACUAAAGAAGAAAUGCAUCAAGGUAAACAUCAGGAAUAUGAGCGGAAACUUGUGCAAUCUUUACACAUUAAUACUACACAAAGAAAACCUACUCCUUCUCCACCUGUAACAGGAAGCGGAACUAUAGCCCCAAAUACACAAGCCAAAGAAGCUUGGCCUUCGUUACAACCAGGCCUCACAAAAGAUGUCAAUAAUAAAGAUACACUAACUGUGCAAGCACAUAACACUUCAACUAAUGUGCAAGAGAAUGGAGUUGCAGUAGUGCCUACAAAUCCCUCUGUACCUCAAAAACAGCCUCAGCAACAACAGUUGCCACAGCAGCAGACACAGAACAAUGUAAACAAUAAAACAGACAGUGCUGCUAGUACACGCAGAGGAAAAAGUAGUAGUAGCGAAAGUAAAGCUCAAGCAGCACGAAAUAAGCACAAGAACUCUCAAAACAAGGAAAAACAUGGCAGUUCCACAACACGGCGAUCCGAUUCAAAUAGUAAUAUCAGUCAAAAUGGUCAGAAAGAAAAUUCAGAAUCAAUGAUACAAACUGUGACAGCAGCUACAUCUUCAGCAGUGACAACAACGACGUUAUCGGCAUCUGGAGAAGUUUCACAGCAAACUCAAAAAUCAGCCAGCGUUAAACUAAAAACUGAAAAUAAUGUGCAACAACAGAACACAGUCACUAGUGCCAGUAGCAGUAAAAUGACUAAAUUAGUGCAGCAGGUGCAAGAAAUAAAAAUUAACGGUGGUGCCACAAAUCAAAAUGGAAGUGAUACACAAAUGUUACAGCAACAAAUGCAACAGAUGAUGCUACAGCAGCAACAACAGCAACAUCAGCAGCAACAUAAUAAUCAUUCCGAAAUUGACGUGGAUAUACAAAGAGAAAGAAGUACUCCUGCGAGUACUGUAUCAUCAAGUACAGAGGACUCGUACCUCGUUAACCACGCGGUUGAGCGUUUGCCUGAAUCGACUGAAGAUAUGAGCCUUAUCAGUACCCUGAAUAUAUUAGGUACACCAACAAGUAAGUCAAGUUCGGUGCAUAUGCAACUUCAAGCACAGCAGCAGCAAACUGCACCCCCAGGGCUACAUUCCACGGAGAACAACAGCAGUUCAGUGCAUAGAUCGCUCUUUCAGUCGGACAAUAACAGUUUCUUCAGCUCCAAUAGUUUUCAAAAUGUAUCUGCGAGUUCUGUACAGUCGUCAUCUACUUCACAAACUCUUGGCAAUGGAAACAAUUCCCUUACCCAUGACUGGACGACGGGUGUUAUUGCGCCGAUUCCAGACUCUUUACCGACAGUGUAUUCCAGUGAAGACUGGCAAGCAGCGUUCGGAUUUCAGACUUCAGCUUCUGCGACGACUACAUCGGUAGAUCAACGCACGUCUGUAUCAAAAAUAUCUUCACUUUCUGGGGUGCCUCAAUCGGCGUCAAAAACAAAUUCACCUACCCCACCUACGGUCAGUCGUAUGCCAUUUACUACCGAAGACUUCACAUUGGAUUCAGAUCCGUCAACACAGUCUCAUGUAAACAAUAGCAAUGGUGGUCUUGUUAAUGGUGUUGCAUCAAGUUUACUCAACAAUUCACAAUCUCUUAAUUUGAGAUCUUACUUUGUGUCAGAAUUAAGACAAGAAGCAGCAAUGCAUCAGCAACAUAGAUUAAAUUUACAGACAACAUCCGAGAACAGUACUGAUUUCUCGAAACUUAAUGGUCAUGCGUCGUCGGCGACCAAUGAGAUGCUAAUGCAGCAACAGCAAGUACCCACAAUGAAGAAAGCAAUGAAACCAGAUGACGAUUUGGGUUUUGAUCCGUUCCAUGAAACACAAAAAGCUCUUGCUGAAUUAAUGGAAAAUGAAAUACUGCAACAGCAACAGACUCUCUUCCCACACCACCUGACGGAACGUGAUGAGCAGACGAGGUUACAUUCACAUAGCGGUGGUAUGAAUCUUGGUCAUCAUCCGUUCUCACAGGUGAACCAUUUGGCACAUUUACAACAAACACAACAGCUGCAGAACCUGCAAGUGCUUCAACAGCAGUCACAACAACAACAACAGCAACAACAACAACAGCAACAACAACAGCAACAUCCUAUACUCUCACGCCUGCCAACAUUGCUUCAACAGCAACAAGUACAACAGCAGCAAAAUAAUGGUGCCCAAAGUCCAGUUACAGUUGCAACACUUGGUCAGCGUAGUCGGUUGCCACCUCCAGGCUUUCCUAGUUCCACACCCAAUCACAUGAAUUCGUUUGGGCUUGGUAUACCAAGGGGAGCACCAAAUAGCAAUAAUAUAGCAGGAAGUAAAAUAUUGCCCUUCGUAAAUCAUUCUUCAGGAGUAUUAUUCAAUGGAGGACAGCAGACACAACAAACUUCAUUUUUACAAAAUCAAAAUCCUUUGUUGAGUGCUCAAGGUGUGGCUAAAUGCACCAAUGACGCAAUGUACUCCCUAAAAGAUUGGUGCGAUUUCAAUAGCCAACCACAGCAGCAGCAACAACAACAACAACAACAACAACAACAGCAGCAGCAGCAACAGCAACAGCAACAGCAACAACAGUUCCACCAUCAGACGCUCUAUCCCAAAAAUAACUGGAAUAGCUUUAAUACAAUUUCGGAUUUGAAUACAGUAGAUCCAGCCAUUGUUAGCUCUCGAUUGCUUCCAUUCCAGAGCACAAACACUACUUGGCAAAUUCCACAUCCAUACUCAGCACCCCAUAAUGUGGCACAUAGUUCCCAACAGCAUUACGCAUCACAGGAACAACAGGCAACACCAGCACAACAUUGGGCAAUGCAACCUCCCCCAGGUUUUAGCGCUCCAACAUCAAAUGUACCUCUUGGCGUUCAAUCAGCCAGCACAGCUGUUCAAACGCACAAGUUCAUAGCUACGGCAUCCGAAAUUGAAAGUAUGUUACAAAAUCAUGUAUAGGUGUGUCGAAGUCUGUUGGGAAAAAGUACUAGCACGGCGAGGAGUGCAGCUUUUUGAUAUACAUAAAAAGUAUAACAAUGACGAUACCGGAGUCUGGAAAGCAGCAAAGCGAAACUUAACAGAAAUUAAAAGAAAAUGAUAAAGUAUAUAAGUCAAUAGCAUAUGUUUUCCCUGACUUGAAAUGUCUAUACAUAUAUCCCUUCUCAUUCCGUAUAUUUUAUUCAUUCAAUACUAUCUACUUAUAGAGAAAAAAGAGAAUAUAUGAGUUAAUCGGGUAAAAUGAUCUUUUACUUUUAUCUUGCUAUUAUAUAAAUAUAUAUACUGUUUCAAUUUUCAUACUGUUAUCACAAUUAAUCAACACAUUGCUUCUUUUUGAAUAUUUACUACUGGAUUUUAGAGUUACUAGGCUAAAUUUGCAUCUCCAAUCUUUUUAUUUCCAGGAUUAUAUGUUUAUUUAUUGUUCAUGUUCAAAUCAAUGAUAUUAAUGGAAGCUAUUGUAUUUUGAAUAUAAAUUCCAUUAAAAUUUCCAUUGAUUUGAAAAUAAUAUUUCUAUAUUUUGAUAAAGUUUGAUACUGCGAGUUCGGUACGUUGAAUAGUACUCAUACAAGUACUCGGAAAAUGAUAUUAAAUUGGCUACGCGAUAAAAAUAUAAUAGCUGUUGUUUUAAAUUAAACAGAUUAAUGCAGAAAGGUUUAAAGGCUCAUUGUAAAUGUCAUGUAGCUUUUUAAAAAAUUUGUACAUAUAAAAAGUAUUGGUUUUUGAAAUGUCAAUCAUGAAGUCACAAAGAAAAUAUUAAAUAUCUUUGUGCUAUUCAACUAUUUUAUCUUGUAGUUGGAUAAUAACGAGUUAUAUGUAAAAAAAAUUGUAAAAUUAUCAAGUUGUAGUAAAAAAAUUGAAAUAUUAAACAUGUGUAUUCGCUUGGUCGUCUGCACUUGACAAUGUAAAAUUAUAAAAUUCUUACAGUAAAGAAAAAAUGCCACAUUAUUGCAUUUGA